ACAAAAUAAAUAAAAACAAAGUCAAAACACGACAACAAUAACAUUGUACUUUGCAGCGCGUCCGCUGCGCUGGCUGCGCAUAUUAAUUCCAAUAAAAACAAAGACUCGUUACGAAGCGUGCUCAGUGUCGACCGGUCCCCGACGUCUCCACGCGCCCGCGUCAACUAUUAACUGCUCGUUGCCGUCGCUAACGCUGAUUUACGUUCGUUCGAGCUCAUCAACUUACUCAAUCGCCACAACAGCUGUUUUACGUUAGUUUGUAUUGAAACGUACAUAUGAUCGCGCGCUUUCUUCUAACGCUUGAUUUGUGCGACGCGCUAGUGAAGUGAAUAAAGGUGCAAAAAUAAAACGCAAAAGCAAAAUAGAAGCAGAAACUAUUGGAAAAGUGUUUUUGGUUACAUAAAGAUAUUGAAAUUGUUUUAACAAAAACAAUAAAAAUGUCAUUCCUGACACUUUGGAUACCACUGUAUCUGCUGAUCGCCAUUGGAACGCUGUUCUUUGUAUGGUGGCGCAAGAACUGCAGCUAUUGGGCGGUGCGCGGUGUUGUCUCUGAUGCACCCGCGCUGUUCUACGGUAAUCUGCGCAACGUGGGACGUACGCAGACCAUACGUGAUCCCUUUUAUAAUUUCUAUAUGAAAUACAAACAUGUUGCGCCAUUUGGUGGCUUCUUCUUGUCGAUGCGCAAGGCGGCAGUGAUAUUCGAUCUCGAUCUCAUUAGAAGUGUACUCGUUAAGGACUUUGCAAACUUCAGCAGUCGCGGUGCCUACUAUAAUGAGAAAGAUGAUCCCAUCUCUGGACAUGUCUUCAAUUUGGAUGGCGCCAGUUGGCGUAAUAUGCGUGCAAAGCUUACGCCUACCUUUACCUCGGCGAAAAUGAAGUAUAUGUUUCCCACAAUAGUCGGUGUGGCGCAGGAGUUUGUCAAGGUGUUGGGUCAGGAGGCCGCUUUGGUCGCUAAGAGUGAUGCCGCUAAGCAAGGUAUUGAAAUACGCGACCUGUUGGCGCGUUUCACCACCGAUGUUAUAGGCAGUUGUGCUUUUGGACUCGAGUGUAAUAGUCUACAUGAACCGAAUACCGAAUUUCGUGUGAUGGGCAAGAAAAUAUUCACGCAACGUCGUCACGGUCGUCUAAUCUUCGCGUUUGCCCAAGCUUAUCCUGAUCUCGCGCGCAAGCUGCACAUUAAAUUGGCACCUGAGGAUGUUAGUCAGUUCUUUCGCAAAGUUGUGCAUGACACAAUUGCCUACAGAGAGCAGACGGGCGUACAGCGUAAUGAUUUUCUCAAUCUGUUGCUGGAGUUGAAGAAGCAAGAGAAUGGUUUGACUUUGGAUCAAAUUGCCGCACAGUCGUUCGUUUUCUUUAUUGCCGGUUUUGAGACGAGUUCGAGCACAAUGAGCUUUGCGCUCUACGAACUGGCGCUCAAUCAGGAUAUGCAAACGAAGGCACGCACGGAAAUUGAGACUGUUCUGGCGCGUCACAAUGGCGAGUUCACGUACGAAUGCAUGCGUGACAUGCAAUAUUUGUAUCAAAUCUUUUGUGAAACCCUGCGUAAAUACUCGAUUGCCUCGGUAACUAUGCGUAAAACCCUCAAUGACUAUCAAGUGCCGAACACAAAGUUUGUUAUUGAGAAGGGCAUCAUUAUAGUCAUACCCGUCGAUGCCAUACAUCGUGAUCCCGAAAUCUAUCCCGAACCGGAACGCUUCGACCCCACACGUUUCGAGCCUGAGGCGGUCGCUAAGCGUCAUCCCAUGACUUGGCUGCCAUUUGGCGAGGGUCCACGCAAUUGCAUAGGUCUGCGCUUUGGUAAAAUGCAAGCCAUGGUCGGUUUGGCUCUGCUGCUGAAAAACUACAAAUUCACGUUGGCUCCACAAACCAAAGUACCGCUCGAAAUGAAAUUGGAAAGUUUUGUUUUGAAUAGCAAAGAUGGCAUACAUUUGAUUGUAGAGCCGGUUGAGAGCUCGUAGGGCAGUGAGCUGGUUGUUGGAUUUGCUUUGGUUGUAUUUUUGGUAUUCACAAAUUUUACAUAAUUUAAAAUAAAACACAAAUCUAUUAACAAAUUUA